UAUGUUGGUUUGAUAGGCCACUACUUUCUCGACAUGCAAUGUUAUACAGAACUGCUGCUCCCAUCUGGGGUAACGCAUGCUGUCUCUGCUCAUUUUAUAUCUCCAAGCUCCAAUAACCUGAUUGUGGCAAAGACCUCCUUGCUCCAGGUAUUUUCAUUAGUCAAUGUUACAUAUGGCUCAUCUCUAGCAAACCAUCCAGACCAGAAAAGUCGGCAUGACCGUUCACAACAUGCAAAGUUGGUGUUAGUGGCCGAGUAUCAAGUGUCAGGCACCAUUACGGGGUUGGAGAGGGUCAAGAUCUCGAAUUCCAAAAGUGGCGGAGAUGCAAUCCUCGUUUCCAGCCGGAAUGCAAAGCUCAGCUUGAUAGAGUGGGACCCGCGGAAUCAUGGGAUUAGCACUAUAUCAAUUCAUUAUUAUGAGGGGGAGGAGAGCCAUAUGAGCCCCUGGGUACCUGAUCUGGGAAGCUGUGCCUCUAAUUUGACUGUGGAUCCAAAUGGCAACUGUGCCAUCUUUAAUUUCGGAAUCCAUAGUUUGGCCAUAUUGCCCUUUCAUCAAACGGGAGAUGACCUCGUUAUGGAUGAUUAUGAUUCUGUGCUCAACGGCGACAGUGCUGCAGAUACGAUUAAUGAUACUCAAAAACCUACCGCUGGGGAUUCUACAGUGCACAGCAAGCCGUACGAGCCUUCUUUUGUGCUGCCUCUAGCCGCAUUGGAUCCGGCCUUAACGCAUCCGAUUCACAUGGAAUUUUUGCAUGAAUACAGAGAACCCACUUUUGGAAUUCUCUACUCUCAAGUUGCCAGGUCGACUUCUUUAAGUAUAGACCGGAAGGAUGUGGUGUCCUAUGCCAUCUUUACAUUGGACCUACAGCAAAGAGCUUCUACCUCGCUACUCACAGUAUCUCGGUUACCAAGUGACAUGUUCAAGGUUGUAUCACUUCCCCCUCCGGUCGGCGGAGCACUAUUGAUUGGGACCAACGAGCUUGUACAUGUCGACCAGGCGGGCAAAACGAAUGCGGUGGGUGUGAAUGAGUUCGCCCGGCAAGCCUCUGCAUUUUCCAUGGUUGACCAAUCAGACCUUGAAAUGAGGCUGGAAGACUGUGUUGUGGAGCAGCUAGGAAGCGACGCAGGAGAAGUUUUGCUCAUCUUAACAGACGGGAGAAUGGCUAUCUUGACGUUUAAAGUUGAUGGGAGGUCUGUCUCAGGAAUAUCGCUUCAUUACGUCGCAGAACAAUCAGGUGGUUCAAUUAUCAAAGCAAGGCCCUCAUGCUCUGCAGGCCUAGGCAGGAGCAAACUAUUCUGUGGAAGCGAAGAAGGGGAUUCCAUUCUUCUCGGCUGGUCAAAACCGUCAUCUAACACGAAGAAACCUACCAAAGCAAACGAGGACACGAACGAAGAUGGGACCACCGAAUUCUCGGGGGAGGAUGAGCAGGACGAUGACGAUGAUGACAUAUACGAAGACGAUCUUUACUCUGCCAACCCUGCACCUACUCUCCAGGAAAAGCGGGUGGUAAACGGAGAUGAUACUGCCGACUUUGUUUUCAAGAUUCAUGAUAGGUUAUGGAGCCUUGGUCCGUUUAGGGAUAUUACUCUCGGAAGACCGCCUAAAUCAAAGCUCAAGGAUAAGCGGGAUAACGUACCAAGUAUAUCUGCUUCACUGGAAUUAGUAGCAGCUCGAGGAUUCGGAAAAUCCGGAGGGCUCGCGGUCCUCAAACGAGAGAUAGAUCCAUUUACCAUUGACUCUCUCAAAAUGGAUAACGUUUAUGGCGUAUGGUCCAUCCGAGUUACCGAUCCCAAGUCUAAAGAAGCCUCAGCGACCGGGAACUCUCGGGAUUACGAUAAAUAUCUACUUCUAGCAAAGGCAAAAUGUUCUGAUAAAGAAGAGUCAGUUGUGUACUCUGUCGGAAACAGUGGCUUGGAUUCCAUUGAUGCCCCGGAAUUUAAUCCGAAUGAAGAUUGCACCAUUGAUAUUGGAACCCUUGCCGCUGGCUCAAGGGUUGUGCAGGUUUUGAGAACGGAAAUCCGAAGCUAUGAUUACAACCUAGGGUUGACCCAAAUAUACCCAGUGUGGGACGAAGAUACGAGCGAGGAGCGCACUGUUGUCCAAGCAAGCUUCGCGGAACCGUAUCUUCUAGCUAUUCGCGAUGACCACUCGCUUCUGGUCUUGCAAGCAGAUAAAACAGGAGAUUUAGAUGAAGUUGAAAUACAAGGCUUAGCAACAUCUGCAGAUUGGGUUUCUGGCUGCUUGUACGAAGAUAGAAUGAAAAUUUUCUGCUCCUCCGAAAGCGGAACUGAAAAUAUAGUGGGAAAUAAUGUACUUCUUUUCUUGCUAGAUGGCAAUGGAAACCUUUCCCUACGUACGAAGCAUGAUGAUUUAAUUCUCUAUGAACCGUAUCGUGUCACUGGUGAAAAUGGAGAAUCCCGAUUGCGAUUUCUCAAGGCAGUGAACCAUGUUGUUAUGAGAUCUCAUUCUGAAAAAGCUGCGAAUGUUGUUGAAGGCAAACACCCAUUUCCAAGGAAGCCUCUUCGAGCGUUAUCAGAUAUAUGCGGAUAUAAAACAGUAUUCAUGCCAGGGCAAAAUCCAUGCUUCAUUCUGAAAUCAGCAAUCACACAACCACAUGUUUUACGGUUGCGCGGUAAAGCCGUUCAAAGUUUGAGUGGAUUUCAUAUUGCCGCUUGUGAACGUGGGUUUGCAUACGUUGAUGAAGAUAAUAUCAUCCGUAUGUCUAGGCUGCCCUCAAACACUAGAUUUGAUAGCACUUGGGCUACGCGUAAGAUCCCACUUGGAGAACAGGUUGACUGCAUCGUAUAUUCAUCAGCAUCCGAGAGCUACGUCAUUGGCACUAGUGUAAAGGAGGAUUUCAAACUGCCAGAGGACGAUGAGUCGCAUACGGAAUGGCAGAAUGAAUUUAUCACUUUUCUACCACAGCUUGAAAGAGGAACUGUCAAGCUUUUGGAUCCCAAGAACUGGUCUAUCGCUGAUAUUGCCCCGAGCAGCCAUGAACUAGAGCCUGCUGAGCGUAUUACCUGCAUUGAAGUCAUUCGGCUCGAAAUAUCAGAAAUCACACACGAGCGGAAAGAUAUGGUUGUAGUAGGAUCAGCGAUCGUCAAGGGCGAAGAUAUUGUGCCUAAGGGCUGCAUCCGUGUUUUUGAAAUUAUUGAUGUUGUCCCAGACCCUGACCACUCUGAGAUGAACAAGAGACUAAAGCUUUUUGCGAGAGAGGAAGUGAAAGGUGCUGUCACUGCGUUGUCAGGCAUUGGCAGUCAAGGAUUCUUGAUCGUUGCGCAGGGCCAAAAAUGCAUGGUGCGUGGGCUCAAGGAGGAUGGAAGUCUUUUGCCUGUGGCCUUCAAAGAUGCUCAAUGCUAUGUUAGUGUUCUCAAGGAACUCAAAGGAACUGGGAUGUGCAUUGUGGGAGAUGCAAUUAAAGGAUUGUGGUUUACCGGGUAUUCCGAAGAGCCGUAUAAGCUCGAUCUUUUUGGUAAAGAGAAUGAGAACAUUGCCGUCAUAGCUGCGGACUUUUUACCGGAUGGGAAUAGGUUAUAUGUCCUAGUUGCUGAUGAUGACUGCAAUCUACAUGUUCUGCAAUAUGACCCGGAAGACCCAAGUUCAUCCAAGGGCGACCGCCUGCUCCACCGAAACGUAUUCCACGUAGGCCACUUCGCAUCAACCAUGACUUUACUACCACAAGGAUCCCACACGCCCCAUUCGCCUGCUGAUAGGGAUGCCAUGGACACUGACGCGCCUCUACCGCCAUCCAAGUACCAGAUAUUGAUGACCUUCCAAACCGGCUCCGUUGGAAUUAUUACACCGCUUAAUGAAGACUCUUACCGUCGUCUAUUAGCCUUGCAGUCGCAGCUAGUCAAUGCGCUUGAACACCCGUGUGGAUUGAACCCUCGUGGAUACAGGGCUGUUGAGAGUGACGGAAUAGGUGGACAGCGUGGCAUGAUCGAUGGAAAUCUGUUGCUUAGGUGGCUUGAUAUGGGAGCGCAGAGAAAGGCAGAGAUUGCGGGACGCGUGGGUGCGGAUGUAGGUGCUAUUCGGAUGGAUCUUGAGAAGCUUCAUGGCGGUCUAGCGUAUUUGUAG